AUGGCCCACAACCUCGAAGACCAUUUCGAUCUUGCUGAAUACAUGAUGAAAAUGCACAACCCCAUGUCGGAGUACCUAUACUGGAUAGCUGGCUUCGUUAGUGGUCUUCACGGAAUUCUACCAUUGCUUCACUCCAACUACUACUUCAGUGGUAUGUUCUUGCCGAGAGAUAACGAUAAUACUCAGUUGUGUGACGACUCCUGGUAG